AUGCCGGACGAGCUAGCACCACCCCGCAAGAGCGUAGAGCUGGAAGACCCCGGCGCGAAAGAGCUGGCCGACUCAAGCGACGAGCACUUCUCCGAUGCUACCGAAGGCCAGCCUGCGCGGUCGGAUGUGACCUCACCUAUUCCCAUCACACGAGUUGAGCGAGUGGACGAUGAGCCUGCUCACGGCGAGGUUCCCGGAACAGAAGCAUACAAUAUGCGCACCCAAGACGCUGUCCCCGACGAGGUGGAGAUUGUACCCGAAGGCGCACGAAGUCGUAGUGCCUCGCGCGUCAGCGCAAGCGAUAGGCCUCUGACACCAGGAGGAACACCAGUGCCCAAGACAAUUGUCGAGAAGAUCGACCCCGACCAGCCCAGCUACGGCGAUGUUCCCGGUACACUUGCCCACCAGCAACGUCUGGCUGAUGCUACGCCUGAUGUAGUUGUCAGAGCACCGGAGGAGCCUUCCCAGAGCAGCAAUCCAGAAGGGUCACCAACCUCGCAUGACAGGUCUCCAAUAAGCCCGAGUGACGGUGCAACCGAAGCCGUCCCCGAAACACUUGCCGAAGCCGAAGCAGAAGCCUCGAUCGAGCAAGACGACUUCGGCAACGACGACGGUGACGACGACGGUUUUGGCGACUUCGACGAUUUUGAAGAAGGCGAAGAGGGUGACGAUGAUUUUGGGGACUUUGACGAUGGGUUUCAGCAAGGCGAGGACGAUGCAGAGACAUCAUUUGAUAAGCCCCCAGAACAGCCUCCUGUACCUGUCCCCUCGCCAGGUCCUCCCGUCUUAGACUUUGACCAACUCACAUCAAUUGAAGCAAUCGUCUCAGCAACACAGCCAUACCUUGAUGACAUGUACCCUGCACAGGACGGCAUACCCACAAUAUCCACCAAUCCCGAAGAGACACGGUCCAUCUUCCUCUCGGAACGAAGUCAUUCGUUAUGGACACAACUAGUCGCCCCACCACCACUGCAGCCUCCAGACUGGGUUCGCUCACGCAUACGGCGGCUUUUCCUGGUCUCCCUCGGCGUACCUGUGGACCUUGACGAGAUCCUCCCCGCGUCCAAACAAAAGAAGCUUAUUCUCCCUUCAAUACACAUACCCGGCGGCUCACCGCGCCCCUCUUCAGAUGGUCGAAAUAACGGUGGUCCUCUCGGACGAAUCAAGCGUGAGAACGAAUCAUCCACAUCAGUUGACUCAUCAAGUUCAAAACCAGAGCGAAAACGCAAAGGGCCGCCGCCGCCACCGGAACUGGAUAUCAGCAGUACAAUGCAGCUUUGCGCGACAACAGACGCAGCACUGCAAGGGUUGACAGAUGAGGAGUUGAAGAUGCACAUCGAUCACCUAAAGGGCCUGCAAGAAAGAGCAAAGGAAGUAUUCGAGUACUGGCAGAAGAGGUUAGAAAGUGCACUAGGCGACAAGGACGCCUUUGAGCAAGUCAUCGAGAGUCUGGUUGCGCAUGCGAAGAAGCUCAGGUAG